AUGCGCUUCUCAACUCUCGCUGGUGCCUUUGCUCUGGCUACGCCAGCCCUGGGCAGGGAGAUGCCCAAGGACGAGGCUCGUGGCCGCAACCUGUACGACUCUGGUGUCGUCCACGAGGAACUGAUGGGCAAGAAGAUGGCUCACUGGAAGGCCGAGGAGGAGGCUGGUCUCAUGGACUCGUCCCAGCACCCGCGUCUCAACUACACAAAGUGCAUUGACGGCGUGGCCGAGGCCAUCCCCGGAAACCCCCUCUACACCUUCAAGUGCAAAAACAUUGAUAUCUACGACUUCCUGUCGCACUCUGCCCUUGGCGCGCCCAGCGCCGACUACCGCGGCAAGAGUGGCAGCUCCUCGUGGGGCUGGUACGACGAGGAGUCUGGUCGCGAGUUCAUCGCGACUGGCAUGUACGACGGCGUGGGCUUUAUCGAGGUUCUCCCCGAGGGUCGCAUGCUGUCCCUCGGCUUCCUCCCCAAGUUUGCGCCCCUCAGCGACCGCGCCUACUGGACCGAGAUCCGCUCCUACAAGCACUACAUGGUCAUUGGCUCCGAGCUGGAGGGCAACGGUGUGCAGAUCUUUGACAUGAAGAAGCUGCUCGACAUUGCGCCCGAAAACGCCCCCAAGAGGUUCAGCAACGACGUUGAUCUGACCUCGCACUUCAACACCUCCCUGCCCCUCGGCCGUGCCCACAACGUCCACGUCAACGAGGAGGCUCAGUACGGCGUCGCCGUUGGCGCGGCCCCCCGUGACGUCGAGUGCAUGGCGGGUCUUGUCUUCUUCAACCUCGAGGACCCUUCCAACCCCGAGUACCUGGGUUGCGACGGCUCGGACGGCUACGUCCACGACGUCCAGUGCCUCAUCUACCGCGGACCUGACUCGCGCUACGACGGCAAGGAUAUCUGCUACGGCUACAACGAGGACACCCUCACCAUCUACGACGUGACGGACAAGAAGAACUCCAAGAUCAUCUCGCGCACCUCGUACGAGGGCGCCUCCUACACCCACCAGGGCACCGUCAACGACAUCAACUGGCAGGAGUACAUUUUCAUGGACGAUGAGUACGACGAGUACGACGUCGUCGGACCCGCCCUCGACGGAUACCCCGUCACCUACGUCUGGGACAUCUCCGACCUCGAGGCGCCGAAGCAAACCGGCCUCUUCAAGCACAACGUCGUGGGCGUGGACCACAAUCAGUACAUGAGCGUCGACGGCAAGAAGCUCAUCCAGUCCUGCUACGGGGCGGGCAUGCGCAUCUUUGACGUUUCGUCCGUCGUCUCGGGCGAGGACACGAGCGGCGACUCCGUCUGCGAGACGGCCUUUUUCGACAUUUACCCCGAGGACGACGACAUGCCCGGCGGCGGCAACAUUGCCUUCUCCGGAUCCUGGUCGUCCUACGGCCAGCUGCCCUCGGGCUACAUGUUCAUCAACACCAUUGAGCGUGGCGGCUACCUCGUCAAGGUGACCAAGGAGGAGUCGUGCCCCAAGAAGCACGCCUGCAAUGCGGACAACUGUCUCCGCGCUAUGCGCGCCAACAGCAUCGAGGGCCGUCUCGAGGAGAGCCAGGAGUUCUGCGGCGAGUUUAUGGAUGGAUGGAGUGCGGAUGUCGGCGCUGUGCCCACGUAUCUGCAGAAGGCGUGCCCUACCAACGUCAUCUCUAGGGUGAGCUCGGCGUGCUCGUGCUUGCCUACGGCCGAGCCGACUGCGUAG